UGUUGUUGAUGUUCGAUGGAAAAGUUGUGCGGCAUAUAAAAUCGUUGGGGAGCAUUGGAGGCGACCUCAGUUCAACGGUGCCGGUCACGUUGAGCGGAUUUUCUUACGCGGGUCGAAAUUCCGAGAGAAAUUUCGAUUGUGUGCAUUUCACUGGAGAAAUCGUUAUUCUCCGUCGUCGUCAGAUUUGUAUUGGGUAUUCCGCGAUUUGAGCGGAAUCCUGGAAACGGUUACGAACUAUUCGACCUCGUAACUACCCUCCGCGUAAGGAGCUUUUGAAGUUCGUUGCAGCGAAUUUAUUGUAGUUUCUUUGAUAUUGAAUUUGUGUAGUGAACUUUUGUACGUUAUCUGCCGAACAUUCGAAAGUGUUGAUAUUUGUCCAGUGCUUGCUGUUGUGAAUAUUAAAUUAUAGAGUUCAAAUCUUGGAUAUAUUAAAACUUUCCAAAGUGUAAUAAAUACGAACUGCGUAUACGUGACUGGCCGGUUGCCCCUCAGUUGUAGCCAAAUAUAUCCGUUGACUCUUUACUACUACCGGGAAGUUUAAAGAAAUUGCAAAAGUGAAUCGCUUCCACACCGAGCGUUAUUUUGGGCGGAUUUACAUUACCUGUAUAAGGACAGUCGGACUUGAAGAAAAUGCAGACAGUCAUAAAAAAUCCGAGUUGGUGGAGGCGCCGCACUACGUUGGAACGAACAUUAACAUUAAUUAGUAUAGUUGCUCUAAUUGCUGUCGCAGCAUUGGUCAUAGCAUUAGUUUCAGUCGUUUUAUCUGAUAAACAUCAUGAAGUGUUAGAAUUACCCGGAACUGCUGAAGCUCUGGGAGCCCCACCGGCAACACAUAUCAUCUCCAAGCAUCCUGACAUAGAGACAAAUGAAGUAACAUCGAAGAAGGACGAUAUUUGCUUGACCUCAGAAUGUGUGCAUACGGCAUCGAAUGUGCUGGAGGCACUGGACACCUCGGUAGAACCAUGUGACGAUUUUUAUAACUUUGCAUGUGGUUCGUUUUUGAAGAACACAAAUAUUCCUGAUGAAAAAACACAGGUCAACACAUUCUCAGUCAUUGGUGACAAGCUGCAGAUUCAGCUGAAGCAACUGAUCACUGAGGAACCAAGUGAAACGGUAGCGAAACCAUUCAAGUUGGCCAAUAAGUUGUAUAAGGCGUGUAUGAACAAAACUUUAAUCGAGCAAAAAGGCACUCAACCAAUUGUCGAGAUUGCUGAAAAACUAGGAGGCUGGCCUGUGAUCAAAGGUGACGCCUGGGACGAAAAUUCAUGGACAUGGCAAGACUCUGUCAAAAAUUUCCGAAAAUAUGGUUUCAGCAUGGAUUACAUUUUGGACUUUUCCGUUGGAAUCGACUUGAAAAAUUCGACUCGACGAGUGAUCGAUCUGGACCAAGCAGCUAUUGGCGUAAGCCGGGAGUAUCUUGUUAAAGGACUAGAGGAUAAGAUUGUGCGGGCAUAUUAUGACUACAUGGUGGAUAUGGCUGUUUUGUUUGGAGCCGAACGCACUCGAGCCGUGAAUGAAUUGAGAGAGUCUUUGCAAUUCGAAAUUGAUUUGGCAAACAUAUCACUUCCUAAUGAAAAACGUCGGAAUUCAUCAGCUCUCUACAAUCCAAUGACUAUUGCUGAUAUUCAAACCAAAUAUCCUUAUGUAUCAUGGCUAAACUACAUUAACGCCCUUUUACCAGAGGGUCUCGAUGUCGAUGAAAAUGAAAUCGUUAUUGUCUCGGUACCAACGUUCUUCGAAGCUCUAGGAGAUCUGAUAAAGAGGACACCGAAAAGAGCUAUUGCCAAUUAUGUAAUGUGGCGUAUCCACGGAUUUUCAGCAUUCUUCCUCACAGAGGAGCUACGAAAACGUCAACUUCAAUACAGUACGGUUUUGAGCGGACGCCAAGAACAGGAGCCACGUUGGAAGGAAUGUGUGGAUAUAACAAGUGGAAGUAAUGAGUACGAUAGUGAUCAACAAGAAUACGGUCUUCCAAUAGCGGUCGGUGCACUCUACGUAAGGAAACAUUUCCAAGAAGACGACAAGUCCAAAGCUCUUGAAAUGGUUAAUGGAAUUCGGGAAGAAUUUGAGAAGAUCCUGAAAGAAGUUUCAUGGAUGGAUGAAAAAACCCGAGAAGCAGCUCUCAACAAGCUCCACCGCAUGACAACACACAUUGGAUACCCUGAUGAAAUCAUGAAGGAUAGCAAGUUGGAAGAAUAUUACAAAGACUUAGACAUUGAUCCUGACAAUUACUUGCCUUCGAUUCUGAAAAUGAGCGUGUUCGGAACUAACUAUUCAUUCAACAAGCUGAGAAAGCCAUUCAACAAAACCGAUUGGUUGAAUCACGCCAAACCCGCUGUUGUUAACGCUUAUUAUUCAUCAAUUGAAAACAGUAUCCAAUUCCCUGCGGGUAUUCUCCAAGAAAAAUUCUUCUCAGCUGAUCGUCCAAAAUAUAUGAAUUAUGGAGCGAUUGGAUACGUAAUUGGUCACGAGAUCACUCACGGAUUUGAUGAUCAAGGACGGCAGUUCGAUUCAGAUGGCAACUUGGUUGACUGGUGGCAAGAAAACACGAAGAAGGCUUACUUGGAGAAAGCACGAUGCAUUAUUGAGCAAUAUGGAAACUACACAGAAGUACUAACUGGGUUGAAGCUUAAUGGAAUCAAUACACAAGGAGAAAACAUUGCCGAUAACGGAGGCAUCAAGGAGUCCUAUCUAGCCUAUAAGAAAUGGGCCGAAAAGAACGGGCCAGAACCACGUCUGCCUGGACUUCCAUAUAGCCCGCAACAGAUGUUCUGGAUUUCAGCAGCCCAAACAUGGUGUUCAGUAUACCGAGCAGAAACUCUCAAAAUGCGCAUCACGACUGGCGUCCAUUCACCUGCCGAAUUCCGUGUCCUAGGACCAAUCAGCAACAUGCGUGACUUCUCGAAAGAUUUCAAUUGUCCCGAAGGCACGCGUAUGAAUCCGAUCAAAAAAUGCGAAGUUUGGUAACUUGGCAAGAAAGAAGUGAAAACCAGUUGGACACAUUGAGGCACCUUCAUUCUAUCAAGGCAACUCAAUAGCAUAAAGUAUUAAGUGUUAAUCUUCUUUGCAAUUAGUUAAAGCAAAUUUUAUUUCUAUUUAUUUUAUUACUUUUAGUCUUUAUUCUCCACCCGGUAUUUUAUUCAUUAGCGCACAUCUGACUUUUAUCCUCCACUCUUAAUUGUACCUUUCACAUUUCAUGACUUUCUUUAUUUAACACACCCAACAAAAGCACAUAUCUCUUCACCCCCUGUAUAGUUUCUAAUGUCUUUUAGUUAAAGGACAAAUUAAUUCGAAGACGAUGCAGGAAGAAACUGAUUGCCAAUUUGUGGAACCUGCAUCGGAAUGUUUUUAUUUUCGCUUUGGUUAAGCACAAAGUCUAGCUAAAAUUUAAAAUAAUUGAAUUUCAUAUAAAUAUAAGUGAAGAUAAAAAAUGUGGAAAAUUGUAGAAAAUAAUAGGUGAAUUGUGGUCCUACGUCCUUGUUUUAAAUUGAUAUGAUAAUAUUUAUAAAUUUGAAAAAGAAAUGACACAAAACAAGAUUUUAAAAUCGUGUGAAAACACAUUACCAUUUUAUGAAUUGAAUAAUGUAUCUUCUGAUAUUUUUUAUAAAAUAAAAUUAAUAAAAGAA